CUCCUCCUCUUCCUCCUCCUCCUUCUCCUCUCCCCCGCCUGUCCUCCUCCAAAAGCCCAAAAAAAUGCCGCCGUUUAGACGGUCCGGCGUGAAGUACAAGACCUCCUUGGCCGAGGAGCUCUCCAAGUCAGCGGCCACAGCCCCGACCGACCCAAACCUGCCCAAAGGCAAGGUCCAUCGGAUCAAGCUGCCCCCGACAGUUGAGCGGGCGCGCAUCAUCUCCUGGAACGUGGCCGUCGGUCAGGAUGUCAAGAUCAACGAGCGUCUCGGAGUCUAUUCCUUCCUCAAGGAAGAGACCGUGGUCCAUGUGAUGGCAUCCGAGCGCGUGGACGAAACGGAGUCCGGCGAGACGACGGUCCUUCGAUCGGACGAUCUGAAUAGCCGUCUUUCGCUGGAGCACUUCUCCAGCCCGCAGGUUGGAUCGCCGGUGGCCAGUGCCACGGCGGCGACGGCGGCGGCGGCGGCGGCGGCGGCCACUUCGGCCGUGGCUGCGCCGAUGGCCACGGCGGCGCCCGGCACGCGACCUGACCCCCCUGGGCAUGUGGGCGGCGUCGACAGCCGCCCUGGGCCGGAGAGCUCCGGGGCGGCGGCGGCGGCGGCCGGCGCCCCGCCGGAGCCCGUCACUCGGCUCAUCGAUCCUCCACCUUCGGGCUCGGCCACGGGCGGCAGUGGCAAUGACAGCGACGAGGAGAGUGCUGGCGAUAGCUCGGAUGACAGCGACAGGGAUCUUUCCUCCAUCGCCGGGGUUGAUGGUGGGGCGUCCAGCACCGAAUCCAGCCCGGCUGCCGUGUCAUCGACCGAUGUGGAUGUCGACGCGGACGCCGAGGCCGAGGGGGUUUCCUGCUCGGUCGGGCGCUUCGGCGGGUCGGUGGACGACGACUUCGAUGAUGAGUGUGAGGAGGCCGAUUUGGAGCGAGCCUACUCCCUGUCGCAGGAUCCGCUCAAGCGUCCGGCUAGCCCGGCAGCCCGGUCGGCUAAGCGCCAGCGCGCCGAGCACCAUCGGCGCCUCCUGGAGCGCACCGGCAUCCAGACAAGCAUCCAGAGCGAUGACGAUUCGGUGGCGGCCGGUCCGAGUGCCCCGCAGCGCCGGCGCCUGGUCGCCGACACCGGCAUGCUGUAUUCCCAAAUCCGAGGCCGGGUGCUGGAGAUCCUCAAGCAGCCGGAUGAGUUUGUGGAGAAGGGCCAGGCUGUGAUGGUGGUGCAGGAGUUCUGUGCGCAUGUGCUGAUCCUGAAGGACAAGUGUGUGGAAUGCCAUCAGGUGUUUGAUAUGUCCUGCGAGCAGGAUAUGUUUGCCGAGGUCUUCCACAACUCCAGCCAGUUGCGCAUGCAAAUUGACCACGCGCACCUGGCCCUGCAGCAGCACUUCGAGAAGCUGCGCCAGGAGCGCCGGCUUACCCUGGUGCUGGACAUCGACCAGACCCUGCUCCAUGCCACGGAUGAUCCGGUGGUCCGAGACAUCAUCGACCGGGCGGCGCGCCUCUUCCCGGACACCGUCAGCCGGACCAUCGAUGAUCAGGCUGGAGUGGUGGCCCCGGCCGGUGGCGGUGGCGGCGGCGGCGGCGGCGGCGGCGGCGGCGAAGCCGGCCCGGGGUCGCCGCGCCUAUCCACUCAAAUGACCAAUGUCCCGGCGGAGGGGGCUGCACCGGCUGCGGGGGCCGACUCGAUGCCGAUCUCCUCCUUCCCGGAGUUGAUGCGUUCCGUCGGCCUUGAGGACACCUUCCCCACGAUUGCCGGGAUUUAUGCGCGCCUGCGCCCGGGCCUGCGGGACUUCCUGCAAACGUGCUCUGAGCUCUUCGAAAUGCACAUCUACACGCACGGCAAUGAGGCGUAUGGCCGCAGUGUGGCCGCCAUUCUGGAUCCCACGCACCGGUACUUCGGCUCACGCAUUCUCACUCGUGAUUCCAACCAAAGCAUCAGCGGCAAGAAUCUUGGCCGGCUCUUCCUGUCCGACAACUCCAUGGUCCUGAUUCUGGAUGACCGUGGAGACGUGUGGAACUGGUGCCCCAAUCUGAUCCGCGUGCAUCCCUACCGCUUCUUCCUCAGUGCCAGCAAUGUCAACGUUGUGGACAGCACCGGCGCCGUCGUCCGGCCGGGCAACGCCCCGACAUCGACGGCCGGCGGGGAGGCCGGUGCGGCCAAUGGUGGCGCCGCCGAGUCCAGCUGCCCGGUGAAGGACUUCCAGGCCUUGGCAGCGGCGCAUUCCGGCCGCUGGAAGACCCUGUCCAAUGAUCUGCGUGAUGAUGUCCUCCCCCGGAUAACCCGCCUGCUGCGGUCGCUACAUGGGGCCUACUUCCAGGACCUGGAGCAGGGCGCGCACAUUGCCGGGUCUCUGCCACCGGAUGUGACGGUGUUCCUCAAAAAGCAGCGCACCCGGAUCCUGGCCGGUUGUCGAGUGGCCUUCUGCCAUUCCAUCAUCCCGCCAAAUGCGGACCCGACCAAGUGCGUGUCACAGCUUCGCCGCCUGGCCGAGUUUUUCGGGGCCGUUUGUACGCGGACCUUCGACUAUGACACCACGCACGUCUUGGUGCCGGGGCGCCCUCCCUUCGUGAGCCCUCUGGUGCAUGAGGCGCUGGAGCACAAGCGCCUGGCUGAGACCGGGUCCUCCGGUGCCAGACUACACAUUAUCAACAUCGACUGGCUGCUAAUUGCGGCGCGCGUCUGGACCCGGCCCCGGGAGAGCGUUUUCACGGUGCGCUUCGAGCCCAAGCAGCGGCCGCAAGUUGCCGCCCCUGUGCCGGUGGUGGCGACGGCGGCGGCGGUGGAAGCAGCAGCGGCAGUGGUGGUCGACGAGCCCGAAGCCGUCAAAUCGGCCGGCACCCCGCCAGGGACGCCUCCCGGGACGCCCCCAGGGACACCUCCCCCGGAGUGA